CGGCGCUCAAAGAGAGAUUGAACGAUUGCCUAUCUCUCGAGUUACUACGGUUUGUCCAUGGACCAAGGAGGCAUCGUUCUCUGUUUCCUGCUACUUUGACCACCAAAUACCCAUUGCCUCCACACUGACCUAAGUCAACGCCUGUUUAAAAUAAGUCAAAAUGGCUUCGGAACGUGCUCUCCACAUCGAAGAUUACGAGUCCGGAAUCAGGUCCGGACUCAUAACUCGCCCCCAGCCCGAUCUAAGAAAGUACGUCGGCAAAAUCUACGAGAUUGAGGACCGAGGGAGGACUCUUUCUCGCACAGUCAACCACAUCAUCGCAACAACGCCGAUAAGGGCCUCCCGCGAAGAUGCCGAGCAGCUUCUUGACCAAUACAUUGAGCCCAUUUCGGAGACCGUCGAGUUCUUCCGAGAGAUUAAGACGAGGGAAAGCCAUGGCUUCCUUGAUGCACUUCACAAUGUCAGAUCCGGGCCGGCGGUCGAAGUCAAAAUGCUUAGGAGCCUAGAGGAUUUGGAGGCGAUAUGGAAAAGAGCGGUGGACGACGCUGAACGCGCGUUGGAUAAGUCCUUAGACGAGUUGAUGAGCCAUCUCGUACAUUAUCAAGUCCUGGAAGCUCUCCUUGUUGAGCAAGAAGGCAGUGAACGAUUGAAGCACUUGAUCGGUCCUUCGCACAUUGGCUCGACCGUCUUAUCAUCGGGAAGACAGAAUGGUGAACCAGAUAGUAGCGGGCACAUCAUGAUCAUAAGUCGAAAACGCAAAACGCCUGGUGCGCCAACCACUAGCACCCCCCGAACCACUCGCGCCAGCGCAGCGUCGCGGAGAGCGGCGUCAGCCCGCGGCGCAGUCCCGGAUGUGUAUCGAGAAAUGGUGUCCGAGGCGCGGCGCAUGGCUGUUACCGAAGACCCUCCGGAAGCCACAACGCCAGAGAGACCGCUAAAGAGGAGAAGGCCCGGAGAGAGACCUACGCCAAAGGUUGAGACGAAACCAGUUGAGCCAACUGUAAUACCGGAACCCAUGAAGAUGGACCAUAACAACGAAGAAGAAGACGAUGACGACGAAGAGCUCGAGUUUGAAGAUGUCGAGUUACCACAACCUACCUUACAGACUAUUACUAGAGACUCGGACGAUGAAGACGAUGAAGAGCUGGAGUUGGAGGAUAUCGCAUUCGAUUCCCAAGGCGCAUUCUCCUCAGCCAUAGCAGGCGAUGUUCAGCUGGACCUGAACUUAAGCGCCCAGAAAGCCGCAAUGGCACCCCAUCGAAGAGCGAUAGAACGCCGGAAAGCACUAAGCAAAUCCGAGAAGGAACGACGAAUGGAGAUACAUAAAGUCCAUCUCCUUUGUCUCCUUGCGCAUGUCGAACGGAGGAACAAAUGGUGUAACAGCCCCAAAGUCCAGGAAGCUCUAAGACCGCUCUUGACAGACAAAAUGCGAAAAUCUCUGAUACCCAGGGCGAGUCUAAACCAGUACGGGCGAACCGAGUCGCUUAAGGCGGGAUUGCAGGAAACGAGCACCAUGUUUAAAACCAAGUUCCAGAUUACGGAGCGAGGACUAAGGCGGGCGCUGUGGGCGGAAGAUGAAGACCAGUUGAAAAAUUACGAACUCCCAGAUGACCUCGAAACCGUGCGAUCCAAAGACGACUUUCUUGAAGCCGCUAAAUCUCUUUCCGGCUCUCGUGAUGUUGGAGCUCAGCUCUUCUGUGCACUCCUUCGUUCCAUUGGCGUCCAAGCACGCCUUGUGUGCUCUCUCCAACCGCUCGCCUGCGUACCGGGGGCUCCUACAAUGCCGAAACAACGAAAAAUGAAAUCUUUAGAUGCCUCAAAAGGACCAUCAGCAGCCGAUCGUUAUGCCGCCGCAAUGUCCAAAUACGAAAACACAGCCACCACUCCAGAUCCAACAACCCCAUCAUUCCUGUCAGGCCGAAGUCGACUCGGACACCCAAACGCAACAGCCUACAACGUCCCGUCCAUGACCGCUCCCCCACCACCCCCUCCCCUCCCCUCAGUCCCCAAAGCAAAGACAAUAAAAGGCGAAUCCCCAUACCCCGUCUACUGGGUCGAAGUCCUCGACGUAGUCCAACAAAAAUGGCACCCCGUCGACCCUCUCGUGACCGGCACCCAAUGGCGCCCCCGCGCUCUCGAGCCGCCCGCCUCUGACAAAGAAAACACCCUCACCUACGCCAUCGCCUUCGACGAAGACGGCUUCGCCCUUGACGUCACCCGCCGCUACUCCAAAGCCUACAACUCCAAGACCAAACGCCAGCGCAUCGACGGGCCCAUCUCGCCCACCGUGCCCUCGUCGGGAAUCAACACGGGCGAGCGCUGGCUCCGCCGCGUUUUCCUUCGGCACUACACCGCCCCCGAUUUUCCCACCGACCUCGACCAGAUCGAGCUUAAAGAGCUCGCCGCGCUCGAGGGCGCAGAACCCAUGCCCCGUAAUGUUCAAGACUUCAAGGACCACCCCGUUUACGCGCUCGAGAGACACCUCCGGAGGAACGAAGUCCUUGUGCCCGGGGCGCAGUCGACGGGGACGGUAUCUGCCGGUUCCAAAGCCCCUGUUGAGCGCAUCUACCGCCGCAAAGACGUCGUCGUCGCUCGGUCGCGCGAAAAAUGGUUCCGUCUCGGCCGCGUGGUUAAACCCGGUGAAGAGCCGGUGAAGGUCCUUCCUCCCAAUAAGAGGAAGAGGACUUCCAAGUUUGGUGGGGAGAGGAUUUCUUCCCCUGUUUCCGGGGAUGAUGAAGAUGAUGAUGGGGAUCUAUUCGGUGAUUAUUCCCACUCCCUUGCCAAGCAAGGUGGCACACCCCUCUACACUCCCCUGCAAACAGAUCUUUACGUCCCCCCGCCUGUUUCUUCUGCGUCGUCGGGGAAGAUUGUACCAAAAAAUAAAUUUGGCAAUGUGGAAGUGUACGUCCCCUCCAUGAUCCCCGCCGGAGGCGCGCACAUCCCGCACGAGAGAGCGGCGCAGGCGGCGCAUAUACUCGGGAUCGAUUACGCACCUGCGUUGACGGGGUUUGAGUGGAAGGGAAGAAAGGGGACGGCGAGGAUUUUGGGAGUGGUGGUGCCGGAGGGGGCGGCAGAGGGGGUGAGGGCGGUGAUUGAUGGGUUGGUGGAUAUGGAGCUGGAGGAGAGGGAGGAGAGGAGGAGGGUGGAGGUGUGGAGGAUGUGGAGGGUUAUGUUGAGGGGGUUGAGGAUUCGGGAGAGGGUUUUUGGGGGUGUUGGGGAUGAGGAGGAGGAUGAGACGGAGGAGGAGCGGUUUGAUAGGGAGAUGGCGGAUGCGCCUAGUGAUGUGUCGGAGGAGUUUUAUAUGGAUAUGGAUGAUGGGGAGGGAGGUGGUGGCUUUUUGAUUGAGUAG